AUGUCGGACGAAGAAGCCAUUCGAAAUGCUAUUCCAGCCGAGUUUCAUAUGAUCUCUGGAUCUCAUGAUUCCCAAACAUCUGCUGAUGCCUUCAAUGUUGGUCAAUUUCAGCUCCCCAACCCAGCAGGAAAAGCUGGUGGGGCCUGUACAUCAGCCCUUCUGCAAGUCCUCUACAAGGAUGGUCAAGACGUGGGUGACUUGAGUUGGGUGCAACUCCUCCGACAAAUGAGAUCUGUACUGAAUGGAAUGGGAUUCGAUCAAAUCCCACAACUUACCAGCUCUCGAUUGGUAGAUGUGGACAAAUCGAUGUAUAUUGUGCCACCGGGUUUCGAAGGAACCAGGAGAGCUAUUUUGAUUGGAAUCAACUACCGAGGACAGCAAGGAGAAUUGAGAGGAUGUCACAAUGAUGUCAAGAAUAUCAAAGAAUACUUGAUCCAGUGUCAAGGUUUCAAAGAAAGCGACAUGCUGAUUAUGAUGGAUGAUGGACAACAUCACGAGCCAACCAAGCAAAACAUUGAACAAGCCUUCACUAGGAUCACUCAGUAUGCCAAAGCAGGAGACGCGGUCUUUGUUCACUAUUCAGGACAUGGUGGACGGGUCAGAGAUACGAGCGGCGACGAGGAUGAUGGAUACGACGAAACGCUGAUCCCUGUGGACUUUAAGCAUGCUGGACAGAUAAUUGAUGACGACAUUCUAAAAAUUCUGGUAAAGCCAAUGCCAGCAGGUGUUACAUGUACAGUUCUAAUGGAUUGCUGCCACAGUGGAACCGUUUUGGAUCUGCCCUAUCGCUUCGGGGCGGACGAAGAUGCCAUGCACUUGGACAAAGGCUUUGAUAUGGGAGGGCUACUUGGCGGUGUCGAGGCGGCCGCUGGCUUGUGCUGCCUCCUGUCCCUGAUCGGCGAUAUUGCUGGCCUUGCCCUCGGUGCCAUGGGCGAUGAUGACUCGUAG